GCUCUCUUCGCCAUGCCGAAUCUCAAGCACCUCUCAGCAAACCGCAACGGCCUCAACGGUUCCAUUCCCCGAGAGCUGGGCAAUCUGCACCGCCUCACAUACCUCUCAGCAAGCAUCAACGAUCUCAACGGGUCCAUUCCCCAACAGCUGGGCAAUCUGCACCUCCUCACAUACCUGAUCCUCGCCUACCAAACGCUCUCAGGGCCAAUCCCCGAGUCAAUGGGAGCCCUUACCAACCUGGAAUAUCUGAACCUGAAGUUCAACAGGCUGACUGGCACCAUCCCUGCCUCCAUAGCCAACCUCACCCGCCUCACUGAAGUAUAUCUCUCCUACAACUUCCUUGCAGGGUCAAUUCCUGUUGCACUCACCACACUCACUAAUCUCCAAGAACUCUCCCUUGAGCACAACCAGCUGGCGGGAUCCCUUCCAUCCUUCCACCACUUGAGCCGCCUCGGCAGGCUGCACGCCAGAAACAACUACCUCACAGGCAGAGCAGCGCCGUUUCCUGAAUGCCUCUCCCCAAAUCGCACCUCCGCCUGCCCCAAUGACUGCCUCUACCCCCCUACUGAGUCCGACAUCCACGGAAACUGCCUUGCCGAGUCUACUUUCUCGUGUGACGGGUGGCAGAGGAGUAGCCACGACUGCCGGUUGUUCUGUGGGGCCCGGCCGCUCACCCCGCCCUGCAGCGGCCAUGGCGUGUGCUCCGUUGAGCCAGGCCACCAUGACGACACGCCUGCAUGGGGGGCACAGUGCACGUGUGAUGAGGGCUACACGCAAGGGACUGCUGCUGGCACUUGUGUCCCACGAGGUCCUGCAUUUCUGUUGGCGCUGCUGCUUGUGCUGCUGCUUCCACUGGCGAUGCUGCUGUUGCUGGCCUUCGCACUGCCGCGGUUUCUGAGCCAUUAUGGAUGUUAAUCUGCUUGUACUUACACGGCUUCCAAGAUCCACCACCACGGAGCAGGGCCCAAAAUUGGUUUUAGGUCACUCUUAGGAAUCAGAGUGCCUCAAAAAUUUUA